UAGGAAAAAGGUAAGAGUAUGUCCAGAUUCGUUGGUCCGUUCCACCACAGCCGAAAUUAGAAUCAACCUGUCCUCGUCCAUCCUACGCUCGCCUUCUCCCUCUCCGGACCUCCAUUUCUACACCAAAAGCUCUUACUUUCACUAAUUUUUUUGUUGUUUCUUUGAUCUUCCAUGGAAGUUUCGUUAACUUCAAUGCUACCAACAUUCAACCUUCCCAUUUCUACUCACUUCAAUUGUCCCUGCCGCUCUUGUUGUUGUUCUUAUUGCUCUUGCUGCUCCUGAUUCGAAACUUCUGUUGUGCUGGGGUUUGGUUCAGUUCAAUUUUUUUUUUGUCUUUGAUUGUGUCUGUGUUACCGGUGGUGUGUCUUUUUGGGGUUUGGAAUUCAUUUGCUAGGGUUGUUCUUGUUUUGUAGUUAAUGGAUUUAUCUAAUUCUCAGUCCAAUAUUUCUCGUGGACGUGUUUCACCGCCCCACCGUACUCAGAUUGCUGAUGACUCUAUACUGCUUCAUCUUGAUUCUUCUAGACGGGGACCCACGUAUUCGGCACCCCCAGUUCCUCUCCAGUUGAUGGAACCGCAGACGGAGAAUCAUAGAGACGAGAAUGGAGAUGCGAAGAGAGAUGAUGAUGAAUGCGACGAUAGAGAUGUAGAGGAGUUUCGUAUUCUGGGUCAUUCUAUGUGCUUGAAGCGGCGAAGAGAUGGUGAAUCUUCGUCUUUAUUGGGUUCUACGAAGAGAGUUUCGUGUGAAUUUGAUAUGGAGACACGAAGGAGUUCUGUACGCUCGUGGGGUAAUCAGACCCUUCGAGCUGCGGAUCCUAAGUUGUAUGGGAUUAUGGAGAAAGAGAAACAGAGGCAAAUCAAUGGCAUUGAAUUGAUUGCUUCAGAAAAUUAUGUGUGUCGAGCUGUAAUGGAAGCACUUGGAAGCCACUUGACUAAUAAGUACUCAGAAGGUAUGCCUGGAGCGAGGUAUUACGGUGGAAAUCAAUAUAUAGAUGAGAUUGAAAUCCUUUGUCGUGAGCGCGCAUUGGCAGCGUUUGAUCUUAAUCCUCAUUCGUGGGGAGUUAACGUUCAACCUUAUUCAUGCACGUCUGCCAAUUUUGCCGUCUAUACUGGUUUGUUACUGCCAGGAGAUCGAAUCAUGGCAUUGGAUUCUCCUUCCGGUGGCAAUCCUAGUCAUGGUUAUUGUACCCGAAAUGGGAAAAAAGUUGCAGGGGCCUCAAUUUUUUUUGAGAGUUUUCCAUAUAAGGUGAAUCCGCAAACUGGUUAUAUUGAUUAUGAUAAGCUUGAGGAGAGGGCGCUUGACUUUCGCCCUAAACUACUUAUUUGUGGAGGGAGCGCAUAUCCUCGUGAAUUGGAUUAUGCAAGGUUUAGGCAGAUUGCAGAUAAGUGUGGAGCAGUUCUGAUGUGUGAUAUGGCUCAAAUUAGUGGCCUUGUUGCUGCUAAGGAAUGUGUGAGUCCUUUUGAGUACUGUGAUGUUGUGACUUCAACUACUCAUAAGAGCCUUCGAGGUCCAAGGGGAGGUAUAAUUUUUUAUAAGAAGGGUUAUAAGCCAAGGGGGAGAGCAAUUGUUCUGUACCAGGGAAAUGACGUCAAGGAAUAUGACUUUGAGGAGAGGAUAAACUUUGCUGUUUUUCCAUCCUUACAAGGUGGACCGCACAAUAACCAUAUUGCAGCUCUUGCUGUGGCCCUAAAACAAGUGGCUACGCUAGAGUACAAGGGAUAUAUGCAGCAGGUGAAAAAGAAUGCUCAAGCCUUGGCUUCUGCUUUACUUCGGAGGAACUACAAGCUUGUAACUGGGGGCACUGAUAAUCACAUGGUACUUUGGGAUCUAAGAUCCUUGGGAUUGUCAGGUAAAAACUUGGAGCAACUUUGUGAGAUGUGCCACAUUACUCUCAACAAAAUUAUAAUAUCUGGUGAUAACGGAGUUAUUACUACUGGAGGAGUGAGGAUCGGCACCCCAGCCAUGACAUCGAGAGGCUGUCUGGAAUCUGAUUUUGAGUUAAUUGUUGAAUUUCUCCAUACAGCCGCUCAAAUUGCAAUUUGUAUUCAGCGAGAGUAUGGGAAAAUGCCAAAUGCUUUUCUUACGGGCCUUCAAAGUAAUAAGGAAGUUGUUGAGCUUGGAAAUCGUGUUGAAAGUUUUUCAGCUAAAUUUUCCAUGCCAGGCGUUGAAACUUGAUGGUAGUUGAAUUUGCAUUUGAAAAUGGAUGACAAUUCGGAGUCCCUAAAAAACCAUAUUUGCUGCUCAUCAUGCCUUCCAUAUUUAGAGUCUAUGAAGCGUUUCCCUCACCUGGGGUUGCUGUCUUCAAAAUUGUUUGGUUCCUGUUUGGUCAGUUGCCAGCAUCUACAUAUGUUCGUAUGAUUUAUGGAGAGUCCUUGCAAUAUCAGAUAUCAGAAGAGCAUUUGGUAGUACCUACCAAGCUUUUCUUCUGUACGUAGUAAAGAUAUUGGUAUACAAUGGAUAGAGGCGUCAUGAGCAGCUUUUUGCUGGUUUCCUUUUUGGGAUCAAAUCAACUGAAGAAUUUGGGGGGAGGAGAGAGAGAUAUAAUUAAAAAUCUGGUACUCUAAUUAUCAGAGAUCUGGAUGUCUUUUUUGGAUCCGAUUGUUUUUGGCUCUGGCUGAAGAAUCAUUUUGCCAGCUUGCUGUGUGAUUAAGUGGUAGGAAGUAGGCACAAUACUGAUCAAUUUCCCUUGAUCAGUUUCCAUUGUGUAAGUUCUUGCUACUUUUCCUUCAUCAUAAAUUAUGUCAAGUUCGUUCAUUAUAAUAUAAUGCAAGUGUCCAUUCAUCAUUGUAGUUAACUUCUCCGAAAUUUUAUUUGUCCAUGAUUGGUAAUAGAAAUUGUUGCCAUGGUUCCUUGCACUCUUA